CACUAAAAGUGUCAAAACGUUGACCCACGAAAACAUGUAACCAAGUCUUCUUCCACUACAUGAUCUCUAUGACUCUAUAUAUGACAGCAAAACCAAACCUUCUCUUCUCACACAUACAUAAAGAACAAACAUGGAGAAACAAAUUUCUCUAUCGCUAUGUCUCUUCCUCUUCAUCCUCUCCAUAUCAUCUUUUCUCCAAGAAACUGAAGCUCGGAAAUACUCCUAUAGACGUGCACCGAUCACGAGGCUAGUCUCAAGAUCUCUCUACGACUCAAUCUUCAUCCACAAGGAAAACAACGCAUGCCCUGCAAAAGGUUUCUACCCUUACGAAGCAUUCGUGGAGGCUACAAGGUGGUUCCCGAGGUUCGGGAGCGUAGGAGGCAUUACGACAAGGCGUCGUGAAGUGGCUGCGUUUUUGGCGCAGAUAUCUCACGAGACAACAGGUGGUUGGGCCACGGCACCGGAUGGACCGUACGCGUGGGGGCUGUGUUUUAAAGAGGAAGUGAGUCCACAAAGUAAUUAUUGUGAUGCUUCAAAUACGGAGUGGCCUUGUUUCCCUGGCAAAUCUUAUAAAGGAAGAGGUCCCAUUCAACUUUCUUGGAAUUACAAUUACGGUCAGGCGGGUCGAGCAUUGGGUUUUGACGGUUUACGUAACCCGGAAAGUGUAGCCAACAACUCCGUUUUAGCUUUCAAGACAGCUCUUUGGUUUUGGAUGACCGAACAGACUCCUAAACCGUCUUGCCAUGACGUCAUGGUGAACCGGUACAGACCGACCAAAGCAGAUAUAGCAGCGAACCGGACAAGUGGUUUCGGUUUAACCACCAACAUCAUAAACGGCGGGUUAGAAUGCGGGAUUCCAGGAGAUGGACGAGUCAAUGACCGGGUCGGGUAUUUCCAAAGAUACGCUAAGUUGUUUAAUGUCAACACAGGACCUUACUUAGACUGCGAGAACCAGAGGCCCUUCUCCUAGAAGACUAUCAUUGCAACUCUCUUUUAGUCUUUACUAUAAACUAUACAAUCCAUGUAUCAAUGAAACUGAAGUUUAAAAUAAUAACAAUAAAACUCCUUAAGCC